GCCCGCCCGCCCGGCGAGGGGAGUUCCCGCAGCCCGCCCCUGCGCCCGCCCCUCGCCGCCCGCGGCUCCUCCUCGCCUCCGCGCCUCGCCUCGCCUCGCCUCGCCAUGGUGGAGCGGGGAGACGCGGCGCCGCUGCUGCGCUGGGCCGAGGGCCCCGCCGUCUCCCCGCCGCCGCGGGCCCCGGACCCGCAGGCUGGAGGCCGGGGCUGGGGCGGCGGCGGGGGCGGCCGGGCGGCCGCGGAGCAGCCGAGGAGGCGGGAGCCCGGGGAGCUGGGUCCGUCCGAGGUGGUGCUGCAGCCCGGGCGCCUGGAGCUGGGCGACGUGGAGGAGGACCAGGUGGUGGCCGUGUUCGUGGUCACCUUCGAUCCCCGCUCGGGAAACAUGGUGGAAUGGUGCUUACCUCAAGAUAUUGACCUUGAAGGCGUUGAGUUCAAGUCUAUGGCCAGUGGGUCCCAUAAAAUUCAGUCUGAUUUCAUCUAUUUCCGGAAGGGGUCCUUCUUUGGCCUGGCCUGCUUCGCCAACAUGCCUGUGGAAAGCGAGCUGGAGCGUGGUGCCCGGAUGAAGUCGGUGGGCAUCCUCUCUCCAUCCUACACCCUGCUGUACCGGUAUAUGCACUUUCUGGAGAACCAAGUUCGACACCAGCUGGAGACACCGGGACAUUACUCUCACCUGGCUGCGUUCUAUGAGGACAAGAAGGGGGUGCUCCACGCCGGUCCGGGGAGAGGUGGCAGCCUGCCCCCUGUCUACUGGCUGCCUUCCAUCCACCGGUACAUGUAUCCCGAGAUGAAGAUCACACAUCCAGCUGGCUGCAUGUCUCAGUUCAUUAAGUUCUUUGGCGAACAGAUCCUCAUCCUUUGGAAAUUUGCCUUACUUCGAAAGCGCAUUUUGAUAUUUUCUCCCCCUCCAGUGGGUGUCGUAUGCUAUAGAGUGUACUGCUGCUGCUGCCUGGCCAACGUCUCCCUGCCUGGCAUCGGGGGCACCGUUCCCGAGUCCAAGCCUUUCUUCUACGUGAAUGUAGCCGACAUCGAGAGCCUGGAGGUAGAGGUGUCCUAUGUGGCCUGCACCACAGAGAAGAUAUUCGAGGAGAAGCGGGAGCUGUACGACGUCUACGUGGACAACCAGAACGUGAGGACGCACCACGACCGCCUGCAGCCGCUGCUGAAGAUCAACAGUGCCGACCGGGAGAAGUUCCGGCGGCUCAACGAGCAGAGGCAGAUGCUGUUGUAUUCCCAGGAAGUGGAAGAAGAUUAUAACCCUUGUGAAGAGGACCUCUUUGUGCUGUUUUUCCUAGAGCAAAACAACCGGAUAUUUCAGACUUUGUUGGAGGUGUCCGCCAGUCAAGACAAAACUCUGACAGCUGAGCACGCCCGGGGCAUGGGUCUAGACCCCCAAGGAGACCGGAGCUUUCUUAUGGACCUGCUGGAGGCCUAUGGCAUUGAUGUCAUGUUGGUCAUUGACAACCCCUGCUGCCCAUAGGAAGGAUGAGUUCACCCAGGCCCCAGACGGCCUGAGUUUUAAUUAAGUGGACGCAAAGGAAUAUUGUUGAUCCUUCCAACAAAUGUAACUUUUGUAUCUCCUUUCUUCCCUUCCUCCCAAGAGGUAAGGUGAGAGCGCCUUGGUUUUGUAGGUCGUUGGAAGCUACCACUUUCAGAGCUUCCGCCAGGUUUGGUGUUAGGAGUUAUCAAAGCAGAUUCUUUCAUCUCGCUGAGUGACUUGAGAUGAGGUGAAGGCCAAGCAUCACCAGGAGCGGGCUGAGCUCUGGACACACUGCGCGGGACUGCUGAGAACGUCUGUCUGGUCUUUGUCACUUGACCUAUCAAGGAUGGGACAACUGUCCAGGGUGGCCUUGGAUGUCCAUCUGCCCGAAGCAGAAGCUAGACUAGAUGGCCUUUCAAGGUUUUUGUCAGUUCUGGGCAUCUAGUCUUGGGAUCAAAUCCCUUUUCCUGUUUAUUAGAGUAAAUCUAUGUUUUCUCUGUUCACAUAGGCAAGAGGUUUCAAAGAGGGACAAAGGAUAUUUCUGUCACCACGUAUGAGCUUCUCUAAGGACAGAUGACAGGGAAAAGUUGCUUCUCAGUCACCUGAGAACUAAAAUUGUAGAAUGAAGCCUUGACACCUUUCUCUAAGUUAAUGGUGGCCACUCCACGUAACAGUCCUCUUUCUCUCAGUCCCCUCCUCUUGGGACAGGCCGGCGCAUUCCUUUGGACUAACAAGAGUGUGUACCAGUGUGGAGCCCUCCUAAGCAAACUUCUCUUUAACAAAGGCGACAUUCCUCAAGCUAAGUAACUGGGACCAGAGACGUAGCAGGUUUGUUAGAGAGCAAACGUGGCAGUGCCUCCACCCAGGAGAGCGGUCGGGAACCCUGGGUGUGAGUGAUGCGUUUCUCGGCUUUGCUCUGCAGUGCUCUGACCUGGGACAGCUCCUGUCGGCCCUGCCUGUUGGCUUUGGCUGGGGCGUUCCGUGGAUGCCAGCUUAGGUGAGACCGCCGCGGUUUGUUAGCCAGAGAAGCUGGCUCCUGUGAGUAGAGUUUAGGUCUUUGGGGCCAGUUUAGAAUUUUGACUUGGAUUCUGGGUUGCUGGUGACAAAUAACUUCUUCCCCUUCACCAUUCCUGCCUGGCUCUGUUAUUGGAAUAGCCAUCAGUGUACCUGUGUCUGGGACCGAGUUCCGGCCGGGCUGAUGUACACAGCAGAGAGAAAUAACUUUUAAAUGGAUGGAGCACAUGUCUUAUCUCAAGACUGGCUUUACAGGGCUUAUUGCUUUAUUCAAAAGUAUCUUUACUGUAGCUCCUUGAUAAGGAAUUCAAGACUAAAGAAAUUCACAUGUGGAAAUGCAGACAGACAUUGAUUAAUCAAGGUAGCAUCUUUUAUGUAAAUAUAUAAAUAAGUUUGGGCAUUGAAAUGUAAAUUGUACAAUACACUUUUCUCCCCUGUGAGUUUAGCCAUCAUUUCAGUAAUAUAUAUAUGUGUGUGUACAAAAGAAAAAGAGAAUCUGUGUUUAGAAGCUGAAGCUUCACUGCCUUUUUCCUUGAAGAGUGACUGUCUCCUCUUACCCCUGGAAAAGGAGCAGCCUUUCUAAGUUGGGUCAAGUUACGGUUACUUUUAGUGGUACCCGAAGGUUCAAGGCUUUCUAAGUUGGGGGUGGGUGGUCAGAAGUAGGGCGGGGUAAAAGGAAAGGUCAGAUUCUCUUGGAUGACACAGGCAGACCCUCUUUCUGUGAAACUGGGGAAUUUAUUGGGAGAAUACUCUUUUUAAGCACUCUGCUCCAGAGGCCUUCCGCAUGUGAACGCUUUUGUUUCUGUGGUCUUGUAACUGCAAGCUCAGACGUGCUGGUGUAAAGGUAGUAGGAUGAAAAUGAGGUUCCCGUAUUUCCCUUUGAAUGGUGGGCCCAGGGUUCUGUGCUGCUUUUCACUCUGGCAGCCGUCCAGUCUGGCAUCUCUGGGUGUGCCCCCGACACUGAUACAGGGGGCUGGGCUAGGGCCGGCCCUGGAGGCAGUGCCACGUCUGAGGUCAUGUGCAGCCUGGGCUCGGCUGACCCCAGAGUGGAACUCUUCCCUCCCUCCCUCCCCGGAGUCCUUUGCAGAGGAAACCCAAGAAUCAGCCCUUCCCUGCGUCACCAGCUUCCCGGUGGGGCCAGGAGCUUAGUGCAGCACCCUCUGCUGGGCUGGACAGCACACUGUUGCCAGGUAUCACUGCCCGUCAUCCCCGAGGAUGCAGAUGUGGGGCCUCUUGUUCCAAGGUCACCAUCAGAAGGCCCCCGCCUUCCCCCGAUCUCUUUGGUGAGCAGCGCCCCAGCAUCACCUGCUGCCAGGUCUCUGAAAGGGGAAUUCAUUGGUGAUGUACCAGGCUGUGCUCCCGGCACAGGGACAGCAGAAGCUAGAAGCCACACAGACCUGCUUUUGUGUCACUGGGGAAAUAUGUGCUGAGAAACCAUCUGCUUUUCUUUGGAAGUCAUUUGAGAAUGUCCCUCUUCCCUGUCCUUUGUAGGGACAGGGCUUAUCAUUAUUACCGUGACCUUCUGGAGCAGGUUGGGAACCUUGGGUGUGGGUACAUUGCCUGAUGGUGGCCUUUUGUCCCUCUCGACUCUUGGACCUCCCCUUCCCCCACCCCCUGGCAUUCCACCACCCCCCACCCCACCCCCCUGCCGCCAGUUGGCUUGGUCCUUCUGGGGAACUUUAAGCCUGAUCUAAUACUAAGCUGUGAGCCACAUCCUAACUUGGAAACAUUGCUGACCUGAGACAUGGGGGCUGCCAGGUCAUCCCUGAAUCAAGCCAGAAGAAAUUCUAGGUGGCAAGAGCCCUUGUGGGGCCUAGAAUCCAGGCUUGGGGUUUGUUGGUAUCUAGUGAGAUAUGUAUGACAGGUCUGAUAAAACAGAUAUUUCACUUGUGCAGAUGGCUUGGCAGAUGGCACUGUUCAGCCUUUGGGACAAUGUCCAGUUGUCCUCUGGAUUAGGACUCUUCAGAAAGAGUCAGAAAUGGUAGGAUUUAUCUUUCACCAGACCAACAAGCAUGGGCCAAAUAAUUGUUUAGAAUUAGCUGUGGCUUUUGCUAAGCAUGAAGCACUCCUUAGGCUUGGAGUAGAUCCCUUCGAACGUAAGUGCCUGCACCGUCCCCCGUGAGGCGUCCCUGCUGUGGGUCAGCAGGCGUGUGUCUCCCGUGCCCAUCAUCCACCCUGCCAUCAUGUCUUCUCUUUGGCUGGAGAAGGGAAGCUGAAUUCAUGAUAUAUUGAUAGAAAUAAUUUAGCGUAGGAAUUUGCAUUUAAAACUUACCUUGUUUUGUCCCACGUGAAAAUCAAGAUGGGAAAUUUAAGUAUAGCACAGGGCGCAGGUAAUCCUAAAUACCACCUGUGACAUGUAUCAGUGUAACUACCUACGAUAUUUCAGCUGGAAGAUAAAGAUAAAUGAAACCAUAGCUGAAUCAUUGUUUUUCAUUUUGGUGGUCAUGAGGAUGAACUUGCUAUUUGUCUUGAUACACUGAAAGCCCUUCAAACACAAUGAAAAGAUGAGAUUAUUCACCUUUAAACCGAGGCCUCUGGGGAACCUUUUGUAAAGGGCAGUACAGCAACCCUCCAGGAAGAGGUGGGAACCUCAGGGACUGGUUUGUUUUGUUUUGGUUUAAAUGAAACUGCAGAGCCCAGGGAAUGAAUUGAGGUGCUUUCUCCAGUCCCAGGACAGAUCCGACUUGCAGAGGUAAAGGGGGAGGGUACCGCUGAAUAAAAUAAGACAGUAUUCUUGACAGUGAACUUGCCUUGGUGUGAUGACAGUUCUCAAACAGGCAAGAGAGUUAAUGUGGGGCCCAGCGUGCCUCACAUGGGCUCUCAUUCCCCCAUCGGGUUCCUGGUUGGUGGGCUCAGACUCUGUAAAAGGGCCAGCCCUCGGGUCUCUUCCCUGCACUGCUGCCGGACUUAGUGCCCGCGGUAAGCAGCCUGCAGACCGGGGCUCACCUCAGCAGGCCAGUCCGUGCCCUCUCAUUUCAGGAAAGCCCUUUUGUGAUUCAGGUAGGGGAAGAGGAGUUCAGGGCUCCUUGUACUCCCAAGUCAUGGGUUUUUAAUAUUCCACUUGUAUUACUAAAAUACCUCUGUUUCCAGGAGCUACUGGAGUGCAGGGUGUUGUGGAAAAAGGCUGUGAAUUAAGUUAAUGUUUUUCUUAUAAGAAAUGGAAGUUUAUUUUUAUAUUGAUAUUACUAUGUGAUGAAUUGAGUAUGCAGAUGUUUAAAUGGAAGGAAAUUUCAACUAUAAUCCUCAAAGAAAUGGGCAGUAUUGCAAUUUGGAAGCAACUUAGACCCCCCAAAAGCUUUGUUGUUUACAUGCUUUGGCGAGUGAAUAAGGACUGUCCUGUGAAAUCUAACAGCCUCUUGAGGAGAUAAAGUUGACAGUCCUGUGGAGGAGGACAUACAGUCACCAACCUUAAGAAAGACUCUUGUACGAAAUGGGGUGAAUGUGAUCAUGGUGAUGACAGGCCUCUUAACUGGAGGGCGGCGGGCGUGGCCUCAGAGCUGGCACUUUAACUCAUUUUUGGAGCUGGAAUACAGGGGCGGUUGGGUGAAACUGCACAUUUAGAAAAGAAAUAAUUUUCUAGCACUAUAUAGAGAAAUGAUGAUGAAGUAUGGCCCUGCUUUCAUCUCUUUAGCAUUUAUUCUAGAAGCUCAGCAUAGUAUGGGCUUUUAGGGGUAAUAGGAUCUCAGUUCAGAAAAUUUAUUUAAUCACCACAGAAGGAUAGGUAUGAAUUACCCCUGUUUGCUGUAGAAUGCCUCUUUAGACUAAUGGUACAUCAACUUUGCUUUCUAAGGACGGUUGGGGGAUGCGGGGGUGGGGUGUAGGGUAUUAUGAACUAGCCAGAGAUGAUCCACAAAUGAAAAAUCCCCACACGGGUCACUGAGUGAGCUGGUUGUUAACAUAUAUCGUUGGCACUGAAGUGAAAACUCCUUCCUUCGGGCACAUCAAGCAAAGAUAGAAGUCUCAAAACUUUUUGAAGGCAGCGUCAAGAAACGAGUUUCAGUCUAGCCCUCCAAGGCCAGUGAGAAAAGCUGUAGAUUCUGUGCUUUUGAAAAGACUGGGUAGGAGACUUUAGGGGUAUGGAGUAGAGGGAAACAAAACUAACCUCCUUUGUUUAUCCCAAGCUUGUUGGCUGAAUUUUUCAUAGGUCUGAGAAAUAAACCUUUUCUGAAAAAGAAACAGUUGUAAGCCGUGGGAGGAGUUCUGUCUUUUCCAAGUUAGGAGCAGCAUGGCCUCCCUGUUGCCUUAAGUGUCAAACCCCUACUCUGAUUAAUGCCCCCUGUAAGAGUUACAGCAAUAAGAGAAAUGGAAUCUAUGUUUGUUUCAAGUCUUUACCUCACAGUAUGAAAUUAGUAAGACAGUUGAUAAAUCUCACCCUGAAUACUGCAUCUGGGUAUGUUGUUCUGUCUCUUCAAUGCAGAUCAUUCUAAAGGCCUAAAGAAAGCUGGGCUCCCCCCCGCCGAAGA